CACUCGACAGCUCAAACCGCUCCCAUUCAAAUUGCAGUUUGAGCUGGCCAUUUGCCAACAAUCGAAAUUCUAUCAACGUUUCGAUCUUUUUCCCAUAAAAUCAUAAACCCUUUUAAUCUCUCAGCCCUGCAGAGUUUGGAGCUUUGAGUCUCUGAUUCAUACCUACAGAGGUAUUCCUUUUGCGCAUUUGUCUUUAUUUUUCUUGCACAAAUGUCGCAUCACACAAGGAGUGAUAGUGAAAACUCUUUUGACAUUGAGGAACUCUUACAGAUUGGAACUAGAUGCAGAGAGUUAAGGAAAGAAAAGGAUAGGCUGAAAGAUUCACAAUCCCAAAGCUUCGAAUUGAUCCGAAGACUAGAACUACAUGUAAAUUCUUUGUCAAAGGCUCGUACAGAAGACAAGAAACACAUUCAAAAGGUGGAAAAAGAGCUGUUGAACUGCUCUCAAGAAAUAGAUUACCUGCAGGAUCAACUAAAUGCAAGGAACACGGAGGUGAACUGCCUGGAAGAGGAUGUACACAACCUUGAGCUGAAAUUAGCAGACAUGGAAGAUCUACAGGAGAAGGUUAACAGGUUAAGCGAGGAACUGAAGAGGUCUGAUUUGGAGCGCUUGUUCUUGAUACAGGAACUGGAAAGCAAAGAAGUAGAGUUACAAAAGUCAACUUUGUACAUGGUGAAACUAGAGGAGUCAAUCUCAUCGAUGGCAUUAGAGUCUCAAUGUGAAAUAGAAAGCAUGAGGCUUGAUAUCAUGGCCUUGGAGCAGAGUUGCUUUGAGGCUAAGAAAAUCCAGGAAGAAACUGUUGAAGAAAAAGAUGAGAUGAAUGAGUUGAUUCAAGAGCUUGAGGUUCAGUUUCAGGAUGCACAACAAAUUAUCAAAUAUCUAGAUAAGGAAAAUAAGGAACUAAAGGAGAAGCUGGAUACAUCUGAAACAAAUGCUAGAGUAUUUUAUCAAAGGAUUGAAGAAUGGCUAGCAAACAAGGAGAGAUCACAUCAGGAGUCUGAGACGCCCUUGAGUACACUGGAAAACAAGAUGAGUAUAUCUAAAGAAAUGAGCACUUGUGGAGAAGUCUUGGGUCCACUCCUUUCCAAAUUGGUAGUGGUAUCAGGACCAGAUGCAGAUUCAAGAACGAAGAUGGAAAAGAUGUCACGACAGGUCCAAGAAUAUGAACUUCUUGUGAAGCAACUUAAGGAAGAAUUGAGAGAUGAAAAGUUGAAAGCAAAAGAAGAAGCAGAGGACCUAGCUCAAGAAAUGGCUGAGCUAAGGUACCAAAUUACAGGAUUGCUUGAAGAAGAGUGCAAGCGCCGUGCUUGCAUCGAACAUGCAUCUUUGCUGAGAAUUGCUGAAUUAGAGGCACAGGUUCAAAAAGAAAAUAGAAAAUCCUUUGCUGCUGUCCGGCACCUCCGUGAAGCAUAAUAGAGAUGUUGGUAUCAAAAGCUUUAGGGGUCCAUGUAGAGAAGAAGUUACUGAGGCAGGCUCCACACAGAAACAAUGUGUGAAGCUGUCAAGACUACCAUCCUCAGGAAGUCUUUCUAUGCGUUGCUUUGUGAAAGUACCUGCAGAAAGUAAAACUUGAUGGAGUACUGCAGAUGAUGCAGCACUUUGUAAAGCAGCCUUAUGUAGCAAGGCAUUGAAGAGGUUAGGCAAGGUGUGUUGUGUCAUGAGUGGAAUUUGUAUGGAUAAAAUUGUUUGUUAAAGCAGCCAUGGAAUGCAUUGCAGAUGGAAAUAGCCCUUUUUUGGGGGGGUAUAUGAUUCAGCAAUCGAUGUAGAUAUUUAUUUAUGUUAUUGGUGAAUUGUAUCGAAUUGUAUACUUGGUGCUUAAGGCAGUCGAGAAUAUUUUUGAGCAUCACGGAACGAAUGAGAUCCAUCCCGUUUAUAUGU